CCUGUACUGUCCGCAGUCUCUGGUCAUCUCCUGUACUUGUCCGCAGUCUCUGGUCAUCCCCUGUACUGUCCGCAGUCUCUGGUCAUCCCCUGUACUGUCCGCAGUCUCUGGUCAUCCCCUGUACUGUCCGCAGUCUCUGGUCAUCCCCUGUACUGUCCGCAGUCUCUGGUCAUCUCCUGUACUGUCCGCAGUCUCUGGUCAUCCCCUGUACUGUCCGCAGUCUCUGGUCAUCCCCUGUACUGUCCGCAGUCUCUGGUCAUGCCCUGUACUGUCCUCAGUCUCUGGUCAUGCCCUGUACUGUGUCCGCAGUCUCUGGUCCAUCUCCUGUACUGUGUCCGCAGUCUCUGGUCAUCUCCUGUACUGUGUCCACAGUCUCUGGUCAUCUCCUGUACUGUGUCCGCAGUCUCUGGUCAUCUCCUGUUGUAUGUCCACAGUCUCUGGUCCAUCUCC